CCCUCCGAACCCGGAAGUGCUUUCCAGGCUGUCGUGCGUGCACCGUGUUUACACUGAGGUCAGCUAGCUUCAGCUACACGAGUAUUAACUCUGAACUUUAUUAUUUAUCUUCGUUUUAUUUAACCAACAUGUCUUCCGACGACACAUUUGAGGGACAGUCUGCACUGAAGGAGGAACUGAACAAAAAGAUAAAGGAGCAGAAGAUUGUGCUGGACGAGCUCUCCAACCUGAAGAAAACCAGAAAAGUUUACAUCCAGCAGAGGAACAGCAACAUCUUCUUCCUAGCAGACAGAAGUCAGACACUGAGUUCUUGCAAAAAGGAGCUGGACAUCAUGAAAAAGGAGCUGCAGGAUUUGUAAGACCAACCUUCACAACAACAAUGUGCGGCAUCUUCUGUCUGUUGACUUUAACGCCCUCUCAGUUUGAGAGGGACAAAACAGUUCAUGAACAUUUGAAGAGA